AUGAAGAUGCUUGCCUACGGGUCAAUUGCAGAUGCUUUAGAUGAUGGGCAACGUAUGGGUGAAUCAACAAUUCUCAAGUCGUUGAAAGAAUUUGUGUACACUAUCAUAUCUGUCUUUGGCCCAGAGUAUCUUAGGAAACCCAAUGCAAAGGAGUUGGAACACAUCCUAGCUGUUAAUGAGGCCCGUGGUUUUCCUGGGAUGAUUGGCAGUAUAGACUGUAUGCAUUGGGAGUGGGAGAAUUGUCCUAGUGGCUGGGCAGGAAUGUACAAGGGGCACAAAGGAUCUCACAACGAUAUCAACGUGUUGCAGUGUUCUCCAGUGUUUGAUGAGUUAGCUAACGGAAACGCUCCUCCUAUGGACUUCACUGUCAACGGUAACCCUUACUGUAUGGGUUACUACUUGACAGAUGUAAUAUAUCCUGAGUGGGCUACUUUGGUAAAGAGCAUUAGUGCACCUGUGAGCAACAAGCAGAAGAUAUUUGCUGGCCAGCAGAAAAGUUGCAGAAAGGAUGUUGAAAGGGCAUUUGGUGUGCUGCAAGCAAAGUGGAAGAUACUCCACGGUCCUUGUAAACUUUGGAGGCACAAGGACCUCAAUGCUAUAAUGCUAGCAUGUGUAAUCCUCCAUAACAUGGUAAUUGAAGAUGAGCGCAAUGUUCAGAUCCCUAGAAUUGCUCGCAGUGAGUGGCCUGGCCGGUAG